AGCGCGAGAGGCGGAGGACGCAUCGAACCCAUCGGUUUUCAUAGCCCAAUCAGGUGGUGAGUAUGGCAGAACAAGAACCUACAGCAGAGCAGCUGGCUCAGAUUGCAGCUGAGAAUGAGGAGGAUGAACACUCUGUCAACUAUAAGCCCCCAGCACAGAAGAGCAUCCAGGAGAUCCAGGAGCUGGACAAGGAUGAUGAGAGCCUUCGGAAGUAUAAAGAGGCCCUGUUGGGCAGUGUGACUGUCUCUGCUGAUCCCAAUACUCCUAAUGUCAUUGUGACACGCUUGACCCUGGUGUGCAGCACUGCGCCUGGUCCCUUGGAAUUAGAUCUGACUGGUGACCUGGAGAGCUUCAAGAAGCAGUCAUUCAUGCUAAAGGAGGGUGUGGAAUACUGGAUAAAAAUCUCCUUCCAGGUGAACAGGGAGAUCGUAUCAGGCAUGAAGUACAUCCAGCACACUUACAGAAAAGGCGUCAAGAUUGACAAAACUGACUACAUGGUGGGCAGUUAUGGGCCUCGAGCAGAAGAGUUCCUGACCCCUGUGGAGGAGGCUCCCAAGGGCAUGCUGGCUCAUGGCAGCUACAAUAUCAAGUCUCGCUUCACAGAUGAUGACAAGACGGAUCAUCUCUCCUGGGAGUGGAACCUCACCAUCAAAAAGGAGUGGAAGGACUGAACCUAUGGCCCUAGAGAGGGAGGGAGAGAGGCAGGCAUCCCCAGACAGUGGCCACAGGAGAACCCUACCCUGACCCUGAACCCCCGACCCCCAUCCUACUUUCCUUCUCAACCCCUAAUCCCAUACCAAAGUGCUGACAGGGGAGUCCCCACCCCCACCUGACUGUCUUCUCACACCCCUGGUCUUUCUCCUCUGGA